UGAAAUAAAUAAAUUAAAAAAAUAAUUGGUGGAGUAUUAAAAAUGGAUUCAAAUGCACGCAAAAAAAGCAGUUUAACAGCAUACUUUAUCCCCUACUUAACACCAAGUCACUACUUACCUCUCUUUCAAAUUGCUAAGUUAUUUGCAUCUCGCGGGGUGCAUGUUAUUUUCCUUACUACUUAUCACAAUUCCCUCUCUUUUCGCGAUUCCAUCCCCUCUCUCAACCAAUUAGGAUUACACAUCGACCUUGAGUAUGUCGACUUCCCUAGCAAGGAAGUCGGCUUGCCCGAGGGGAUUGAGAGCUUCAGUGCCGCUACUAACACCGAUAUGGCCGGUAGAGUCCUCCAAGCAUUUUUCAUGCUUCAAGCUCCCAUUGAGGCUAUGGUCCGGGCUGCUAAGCCUGACUGCAUUGUCGCUGAUACUCACUGUUUUUGGACCACUGCUCUCGCGGAAGACCUUGGUAUCCCUCGUUUGGUACAUCAUGGUCAAGCUGCUUUUUCCCUCGCAGCUAUUGAUGCCUUUGAUAGGUAUACUCCUUAUGAGAAUGUGAAAUCUGAUGACGAACCCUUCCUAUUGCCGGGACUCCCACAUCCAAUCUACAUGACCCGUUCAGAACAUCCGCCAUGGAUCCAAAGUUCAAAUUUCUACACCACAUUCUUGAACAAAAUUAAAGAGGCAGAUGGCAACUCUUACGGUCUUCUUGUUGAUACCUUCUAUGAGUUGGAGAAAGACUACAUAGAUUUCUACAGGACCACUUUGGACUGUCGUACCUGGUGUAUUGGCCCUAUUUUCCUACACCAUGACCAUGCUCUACACAAAAUCAACUCCAAGGACAAGCUCAACCACGACAAUAACAAAUCGGAUGAGAACAACCCAAGCAAACACCCUUGUUUGGAGUGGCUCGAUAAAAUGCCACGUGGAAAAGUUGUGUACGUUAGUUUUGGAAGUUUAUCAAGGUUUAGCUCAGCUCAACUAUUGGAGAUUGCUCAUGCACUUGAAUCUUCGGGUCACCCAUUUAUAUGGGUGGUCCGAAAGAAGGAGUCAGAGGAAGUAGGGGUGAAAUGGUUACCCGAGGGAUUUGAAGAAAGGAUAUCUCAGAAAAGUAUUGGGAUGCUUAUAGAAGGAUGGGCACCCCAACCACAGAUAUUAGAGCACCCUGCCAUUGGUGGGUUCGUGACACACUGUGGGUGGAACUCUUCGGAAGAGUCCCUCGCUGCAGGGCUACCAGUCGUGGUUUGGCCACUCUCUGCUGAACAAUUCUACAAUAGAAAGUUGUUUAUUGAUGUAUUAAAGAUUGGAGUUGGGGUUGGAAAUAUGAAGUGGAGCUCCAUGAUUGAUGGAACGGAUGAGUUAGUGAAGAGAGAUAAGAUUGAGAAUGCUGUGAGGGAGAUGAUGGGUGAUCAUGUGGAGGCUCAGGAAAGGAGGCAGCGCGCCAAGGAGUUUGGCAUCGCUGCUAAGAAGGCUGUUCAACAAGGUGGUUCAUCUUAUGAUAGUUUAACUGCUGUCAUUGAUGAACUACACCGUCUCAAAAAUUCAUCAAAAGUUGCUGCAUGAUUAAUAUUAGAUGGAUUUUAGUCAAUAAGUGUGAUGUUAGAUGUUUUGUUUGGGCAUUAAUAAGUGGUAUAUUUAGGGUAGCAUCAUUUUUCUAUUUUACUAGUCUAUCUACGGAGUACUAAUUAACAAGGAAAUAAUGAUUACAUUGAUGAAUUAAAAAUAACUGAUUGUUUAGUUGGGAUUAAAUUUCAGGAAUAGUAGUAAUGAAGAGAAAAUGAAUGACAAUAGCCGCACUAUAGUUGUAAGAGAGCAAAUGAGAAGAGAGGUGUUCGGAAGAAGAAAGAAGAAUGGAGAAAGAGGAGCAAAAAAGAGGUGGUUGAUUGCAAAGCUAUAACGUUGCAAAGUUUAUUUAUUUUUAUUAUUAUUAUUA